GCCUGCCAGAGUAUAAGUCCAAGGAGGAAGUCCAAGAGAAGUAGUACCAUUCUUGAGGAAAGUAUGCUCGGUAUGGGGUAUAACUACGGGGACAUCGAGGAGAGAAUGGAAAAAGGUGACCAGCCAUGGGAUAUUUCAAUAAGAAAGGAUAGCAAUAGCCUUGCAGUUUCGGGCAGCAGAAAAGCGGCGGAAGAAGCGAGA